AUGUCAAGCUGCAGUAAGAAAAGGUACAUUCUCAACACGGUGGCAGUGGACCUAGGCUGCAGCAGUGGUUGCAAAAGGCCAAGGCUCUCCAGCAUAUUCCGGCCUAAACCAAGGGACAAACCCCACCACCUCCACCACCGCCACCAAUCCCAUCACUACCAUUCUUCUUCAAGCUCAUGGGACGCCACCACCGACACCCCACCCUCGUCCGACACAGAUUCAGACAUCAAGAGCCUUCGAGCUGUACAAGGAUUAGGAAAGAUUGGCGGUAAAAGCGUGGCGGUGGAGAAAGAGUCCGACGACCCAUAUCUCGACUUUAGGCACUCAAUGCUGCAAAUGAUACUGGAAAAAGAAAUCUACUCGAAAGAUGAUCUUAAAGAGCUUCUCAACUGUUUUUUGCGACUGAACUCACCAUAUUACCACGGGAUCAUUGUUAGAGCUUUUACAGAGAUUUGGAAUGGGGUUUACUCAGUGAAAUCUGGUUCUCCAAACUUGAACUUGCAUGGGAUGUGGAUGUCACAUAAUAAUCACUUUUAG